UGCAAGAGAAGAGUUUAAAAUUAUACCUGUUAGAAUGCGAGCACGCUCUUCUUUCGCUUUGGCAGCUGCUUUCUUUGGGGCUUGGAAGGCAUGGAUGCUUUUAAUUCCAGUUUCAACUCAAGAGCAUUGUCGAGUACUAUUCUUCGAGGCUGCAAGUUUUUCAGACAAAGUGUUAAACAAAAGUAUCAUCAAAAACUUGACCGUAAAGGACGAACAGUUGUGUCAGUUGAGGUGUUUUGUUGAGGAAACCUGCAAAUCCUACAACCUUGGUCCGCCAGACAGUGGAGGAGAAGGAAAACGAGUCUGUGAACUGAGCAGUUCCCAUCAUGUCUUGCAUCCGGAUUACCUUGUGUCGAAGUCUGGAUUUAUCUACCGUCCAUCAGAGAACCUGUGUGGAAUUCCUUGUCCAGAGAAGCAAUCUUGUUUCUUAGUACACAACAACGGUUUUACAUGUUUGUGUCCUGAGCUAGAAGAUUCAGAAAAGACAUGCACUAAAGGUUGUUUUUAAAUCUCUGCAAAUUUAUUCCAAAAACUAAUCGCAUGAUUGCAUUCUCACACCGCACUGGUUAAUCUUCGACUGAAUUUCA